AAUGGCCUCCGCCUUCAACCCCCGAGAAUGUAAGCUGUCUAAACAAGAAGGGCAAAGCUACGGCUUCUUCCUGCGAAUCGAGAAGGACAUUGCCGGCCACCUGGUCCGGGUGGUCGAGAAGGGUAGCCCCGCAGAGAAGGCUGGCCUCCAGGAUGGGGACAGGGUUCUUAGGAUCAAUGGCGUCUUUGUGGACAAGGAAGAACAUAUGCAGGUUGUGGAUCUAGUCAGAAAGAGUGGGAAUUCAGUGACUUUACUAGUUCUGGAUGGAGAUUCCUAUGAGAAAGCCAUAAAAAGAAACGUAGACUUGAAAGAGUUGGGUCAGAGUCAGAAGGAGCCAAGUCUGAAUGAUAAGAAACUGCCCCCUGUGAUGAACGGAGGAGCACAGACCUGGACCCAGCCGCGGCUCUGCUACCUGGUGAAGGAGGGAAGCAGCUUUGGCUUUUCUCUGAAGACUGUCCAAGGUCAAAAGGGAGUGUACCUGACUGACAUAACACCUCAAGGUGUGGCUAUGAAGGCUGGCGUCCUGGCCAAUGAUCACUUGAUUGAAGUCAACGGGGAGAACGUGGAAGAUGCCACGCAUGAGGAAGUGGUUGAAAAGGUGAGGAAGUCAGGAAGCCGUGUCAUGUUCUUGCUGGUGGACAAGGAAACUGACAAGCACCAUAGUGAGCAGAAUAUAAAAUUCAAGAGAGAAACAGCCAGUUUGAAAUUAUUACCCCACCAGCCUCGGAUUGUUGAGAUGAAGAAGGGAAGCAAUGGCUAUGGUUUCUACCUGAGGGCAGGCCCAGAACUAAAAGGUCAAAUCAUCAAAGACAUCGAUUCUGGAAGUCCAGCAGAGGAGGCUGGCUUGAAGACCAAUGACCUGGUAGUUGCUGUCAAUGGCGAGUCUGUGGAAUCCCUCAGUCAUGACAGUGUGGUGGAAAUGAUCAGAAAGGGUGGAGACCAGACUUCACUGUUGGUGGUAGACAAAGAGACGGACAGCAUGUACCGACUGGCUCAUUUCUCUCCAUUUCUCUACUAUCAAAGUCAACAACUGCCUAAUGGUUCUGUGAAGGAGGCUCCAGUCCCCACUCCCGCUCCACUGGAGGUCUCAAGUACAGAAACGACAGAGGAAGUAGCUCAUAAGCCUAAGCUGUGCAGGCUGGUUAAAGGUGAAAAUGGCUAUGGCUUCCACUUAAAUGCAAUUCGGGGUCGGCCAGGCCCGUUUGUCAAAGAGGUGCAGAAGGGCAGCCCCGCCAGCCUUGCCGGGCUGGAGGAUGAGGACGUCAUUGUUGAAGUGAACGGGGUGAACGUGCUGGACGAGCUCUACGAGAAGGUGGUGGACAGAAUCCAGAGCAGCGGGAAGAAUGUCACGCUCUUAGUCUGUGGCAAGAAGGCCUAUGAUUAUUUCCAGGCUAAGAAAAUCCCUAUUGUUUCCUCCAUGGCUGAUCCACUGGAUGUACCCCUUGAUUCCGAAGAAGGAACGUGGGCGGGGUCCGAGCACGCCUCACACCCGGCAAAGGAACGAGCCCACAGUACAGUUUCUCAGUCUUCUUCCAGUUCUGAAGACACGGCGAUGUGA